GCGCAGCUGAGCGAGGCUUAAAGAGACCACGGACCUCUCUGCCGAGCCGAGGACGAGAGGAGCCAAAACAGCACCGAAACAGCACCAAACCCCCGCCACUCACAGUUCCUAGCUGAAAUUAACAAAAGAUAACCAGCUCCAACCAAACCAACCCGGUUUCCCUGUGCCGUCACCCUGCAAGAUGGAGUGUCUCCACGGUGUUAAUGAAGGCUGACCAGAAGAAAUGAGAAGAUGUUCCCAAGUAGCCUUGUGGAUCCAAUAGAUGUGUUCCGGAGUGCUUUUUCAUGACUAGUAUUGUGGGUGUAUCUGUGGAAACAUCCUAGCAAAAACCUGCCUUUUCGUCAGGCAGGGACAUGCGACUCUGAGACUGGCGUCAAAUACAAGGACGGAGCCCUUCUUGUAAGCAAGCCAAACGACGAGAAAAAGGGAAAAGCUACCCCAAUAGACACCUGGGUCACUUCAGCUGCAGCGUUGGCUCAUUUCAGUGUCCCCUGCACAUUUUAACAGCAACACCUUUCCUCUGUCCUGUGAGAUUUGUCUCCCUCCCCCUCCCUAACACAUCCUCCAUCAUUAUUAUUGGAGUGUCUAUGGUUUGCAUGGCUGGAGACUAACCGUGGAGAGGCCAGGGUAUCACAAGCUUAUGGAUUUUGACAAGAGAGGGGGCAAGGGAGAGACAGAGGAAGGGAAAAAGAUGUCUAAGACAGCAGGCAGCAGGACUGGACAUGGGGGCAGGAGUUCCGGGACCAAUUCUGGAGUUCUAAUGGUCGGCCCAAACUUUCGUGUGGGUAAAAAAAUCGGCUGUGGGAAUUUUGGAGAGCUGCGGCUGGGAAAGAACCUCUAUACUAAUGAAUAUGUGGCCAUCAAAUUGGAACCCAUCAAGUCCAGGGCACCACAGCUCCAUUUGGAGUAUAGAUUUUACAAACAGUUGGGAAGUUCAGAGGGAAUCCCUCAGGUGUACUACUUUGGUCCUUGUGGGAAAUACAAUGCCAUGGUCCUGGAGCUGCUUGGACCAAGUCUAGAGGACCUAUUUGACCUCUGUGACCGCACGUUCUCCCUGAAGACCGUCCUCAUGAUAGCCAUACAGCUGAUAACACGGAUGGAGUAUGUUCACACCAAGAGUCUGAUCUACAGAGAUGUGAAACCAGAAAACUUUCUCGUGGGACGGCCUGGAAGCAAGAGGCAGCACACCAUUCACAUCAUCGACUUUGGUCUGGCCAAAGAAUACAUAGACCCCGAGACCAAAAAACACAUCCCCUACCGGGAGCACAAGAGUCUGACUGGGACGGCGCGCUACAUGAGCAUUAACACACACCUCGGAAAAGAGCAAAGCAGAAGGGAUGAUCUGGAGGCGCUGGGUCACAUGUUUAUGUACUUCCUCCGAGGUAGCCUUCCCUGGCAGGGCCUAAAGGCUGACACUUUGAAAGAGAGGUAUCAGAAGAUUGGAGAUACCAAACGAGCAACACCAAUAGAAGUGCUUUGUGAAAGCUUCCCUGAAGAGAUGGCCACCUACCUGCGCUAUGUGAGGAGGCUUGACUUCUUUGAGAAGCCGGACUAUGACUACUUGAGGAAGCUCUUUACCGAUCUGUUCGACAGGAAUGGCUAUGUCUUUGACUAUGAGUAUGACUGGGUUGGCAAAUCACUCCCCACACCGAUCGGCCCCAUCCCCAGUGACACGCCCAUGCAGCCCAGCAGCAGAGACAAAGCACAACAGCAGACCAAAAACCAGUCACCUGAGCCCAAAGGAAGUGAGUCUCAGCCCACUCCGGUGACCAAUAAGGAGACUCUGGGGUCGCACCUCACAGCUGAGCGGCUGGGGGGCUCUGUUCAGGUGAUGAGCUCAACGAACGGCGAGCUAAACACUGACGAUCCCACAGCUGGACACUCCAAUGCUCCCAUCACUGCUCCCACCGAGGUCGAAGUGGCUGAUGAAACAAAGUGCUGUUGCUUCUUCAAAAGGAGAAAGAGGAAAGCCCUCCAGAGGCACAAGUGAACGAAGAGAGCAGAGAGAACUUGAAACAUUGUGGUCACUGUCAAGUUUUAAAUGGAAGCAACUACACGACGCCCCCCUGUUCCCCCUCUCUCUCUCUUUCCAGCUUCCUCCUCACCUCUCUUACCCCUCUCACCUUCUUCCCCCUGUCACCAUGUACCACCUUCCCCACACUCUCUCUUUCUUGUUCUCAGUGCUCCCCGGCUACUGCCGAGUUGAAGGAAUGUUGCAGUCCUACUGACUUUACAACAGACUCCUGAUUCCUUUACAGAGAAAAAUAAACGUACCUGCAUUACAACUCGAGAGGCUUGAGUAAAAAGUACAAAAGCUGUAACAAUGAAACUCGAAUACCGUGGCGUGAAUAUGAAAAAAAGAUGCUGUUUUGAAGCAGUUAUUGUAUUCUAGAUUCCAUACAGAACGUGUAUUCUUCGAACAGUCAGCUGUUGAUCAGGGGAAACCACUCAAGUGGGUUGAGUGAUUUCCUUAGGAACUUGUUAAUUUUCUUUUCUUUUGGUGUGUGUUUUUUUUUUUUUGGGAUCAAAGUAAAGAGGAAAAGGUGAACUAUGCUGAUGUUAAACCUGAGAGACGCGGGAAGCAUUUCAUCUAUAAAACAGAAUUUGGAAGAUUUUAUGUUCAUUUUUUUUUUCUUUUUUUCUUUUUUUUCCUUUUUUGUAAAUGAAUCAUUGAUUUUCAAAGUCAAAUCCCUGCAUUGAAAACUUAUUUUUA